AUGAAAAUAGAGAAGCCAGGACACUCACCAAGGACAGCACCUUGGUGGAAUAACAAGCUGAGUGGGCUAGCAGCCAAAGCAAGAAGACUAUUCAAUAUAGUGAAAAGAAGAGGGCAGUGGGAUACCUAUAAGGAAACCCUUACCUGUUGUAACAAAGAAAUAAGGCAAGCCAAGCGAUCCUCAUGGAGGGGGUACUGCCAGGAGAUCAGUGAUGUACCAGGCAGUGCCAGACUCAUGAAGGUCAUGGCAAUAGAGGUGACCAACAAGGACAUGAAAGAUAAAGAAGAAAAUUGUUUGGAAGAGUGCUUGAAUGUUAGUGAAUCUUGUACUGUUGAUACAAACAUGGUCUACAAUUCAACAAUUCUGAUUUCUUCACAAGGGAACAUUUACACAUUGCCUGUUGAAAAUGCUCAGCUGAACUCUGAUACUAAUAGUACUGAAUCUUGCAAUAAAAUGGUUGCUGCUCAAGUGUCCUUUUCUGACAAGGACUGUUCACUUCACAAAAAUGAUGGCUGUUUCAAUGAAGAAGCAAAUGGACUGAAGACGGAGACCCUGGAAUUGGUAGGACGUGUCAGAGAUGAAAACGAAUCUAGUUGUUUAUCAGACCAUAUUUCUAUUUUGGAUGGAGAAAUGGGCUUAAAGGAAGAGAGUAGAGAUUCUGCUGGACAGAAGCCACUCAUUUAUGUAGAUGCUGAAAAUAAUACAACACAACAAAUAAUACAGUGCAGUAAUAAAAAUAAUUGCACUAAAACUUUAAAUUCUUUUGCAAACUGUAGAUGUUCAUUUUGCAAGAAACCAUUUGUGAAUAAAGCACAUUUGACACAGCAUCUAAUGACACAUACUGGUGAGCGGCCAAUUGUUUGUCAUAUGUGUGGUGUAGCUUUUGCUCGGUACAGCAGUCUCAACCGACAUUCCAUACAACACACGAAGGACAAACCUAAGGAACUGAAAACAGAACGAUACAAAGGUGACAUUGCAGUUUUUGAAUGUGCCGUUUGUUUGAAGAGUUUUAAAAAGAAACCUUAUUUAGUUGAACAUCUUAUGUCUCAUACUGGUGAGAAACCUUGUAAGUGUGAAGUAUGUGGAGUGAAUUUUAGACGUCACAGCAAUUUAGUUCGCCAUUUAAAAUCUCAUGGUGAAAGUGAUUACCUUACAGGCCAACAUCUUCAGAAGGGAAGACGAAGAAGUAAAGACAUUAGACUACAGCAUGAUUGUGUUGUGUGUUCCAAAACUUUCAGAGUUAACAGUCACCUGAAGAGUCAUGUGAUGACACACAAUGGAGAGAAACCUUUCAUGUGUGACAUGUGCGGACAGUUCUUUGCCCGUCAGACAAACAUGGUUCGACAUGCUAGACUUCAUACUGAAGGACGUUACCAACCAGGUGAAAUUCCAAGAAGAGGAAGACGAAAGAAUAAUACAGUUUUUGAGUGUCACAUUUGCUCAAGAGCAUUUCAGCAUAUGAGUCGAUGGAGGGAACAUCUCAUGUCACACACUGGGGAAAAACCGCAUUUGUGUGAUGUAUGUGGGAAAUUCUUUGCCCGACACACAAAUCUCAUUAGGCACUCCAAAGUGCACCUAGAUGCCAUGACCACUGCUUAAUUUGUUAUGGAUUUGUACAUUAAUCAUAAUUUAUUUAUAAGAAAACUUCUUAAUUUGAGCUUUUCAGUUCUAAUUCAUUUUUUUUUUAUUGGGUAAAAAAACUAGGAUACAAAAGUGGCCUAGGCAAUGCCCAUCCGGCCUUCUGUAGCACAUUCUAAAAACUUCUCUUUCUGUAGUAGCGGUGGGCCCGCGGUUAAUUCACAUCUUAGCAUAAAUUUGAGAAUGUUGUGAGUGGUCCGUGCCAUUUCCUCUUGUUCUUUCCUUACGUAUCCGUUUUAAAUAUAUAUGGGAAUGUUGUUUAUGAAGUAGCAGACGCCUUGCAGAAAUCUCUUUUCUUCUAGCCUCAAGAGCUCUGUGACUGAUUUUGGGUAGUUCUUUUUACUGUUCUCGGAGAGGAUGCCCGUCAUUAUUGCCCUUUGGUCGUCACACUGUUUGCAAUCCCAGAAAAUAUGUUCCUCCGUUUGCAACCCGUCACCACAUUCACAUUCGGCCGUGGGCACAAUGUUAAAUCUGUUUAGACUUACUUUAAGACUGGUAUGUCCUGCUCGCAUACGGUUUAUUGACACGAAGGCACGGCGGUUCAUUUUUAUCUGACUAAACCACGGAGUAGAGCCUUUCCUAUAGUACCUUUCAAAGUAGCGUUCUCCCCUUUCUUGUUUGGUGUUUUGACAAAAGCUGUGGAGUUCUUCUUUC